CCGAAGAGGCGGUCGGCGCGGCUGUCGGCUAAACCCGCUCCUGCCAAAGCAGAGCCGAAACCCAAAAAGUUGGCGGCAAAGGAUAAGUCUGAGGACAAGAAAGCUCAAUCAAAGGGGAAGAAGGGGCCUAAAGGAAAACAGACAGAAGAGACAAACCAAGAACAGACAAAGGACAACGUGCCUGCAGAAAAUGGGGAAGCUAAAAGUGAGGAGACCCCAGCAUCUGAUGCAGCAGUAGAGAAAGAAGCUAAGUCUGAGUAACAUCCGGUACCAAGUCUUUAAUUGGUGGUCCUUAUACCUUUCUUCUUGUACAAUUCAGAGGAAUAUUUUUUAUCAACUAUUUUGUAAAUGCAAGUUUUUUAGUAGUUCUAGAGAACACAUUUUUAAAAAGGAGAGAAUCCCAACCCAACCCAUUUUUUUACAUAUUUAGAUAAGUGUAAAUGCUUUUUUAAAGUGGUAAAAUCAUGUACUGGUUGUCUGUUUUCUAUGAAACCAGAAAUUAAUGGCAUGUUACAUUAAGGAGAGGGCUUCGAAGCCUUGAUUAGGCUUCACGUUCCAUAGACUGUGAGGGACAGUUUUUUCUAUCCUGCUAAAUGAAGCAUAACACAGAUCCGACUUUGGAAUUCAUAAUGAUAUGUUGAGAAUGUCUUAACAUUUUUAGUUAUUUAUCUUCAUCUAUGGUUGUACCAUCAGUAGAAUUGCUUAUCUAAUAAAACUGCUCCCUAGUGUUGGUUUUCUUGCUGAGUGAUGUGUAUCUGUGACAAAGUUAUUUUUGGUAGUUGCAACUUUAUUUUUUCCAACAACUUUGUAGCUGUGAUGCGAAAGAUUGGAAGCUUUUAUUAUAUCUUUAAAUACUGACUGAACAAAAGUUUCUGCUUGGCAGAUUUAACUUGUUAUGUCAGUAUUCGAGAUACUGGAACUUCACAUCUGCUUUUAAAGGACAGCUUGUCUGCAGAGAUCAAAUGAAAAAUAUUUGAAAUGGUCUUAGAAAAAAAAAAGAAUUCUAGUUUUUAGAUUUAAAAAAAUGUGUGAAUAAAAACAAUUGUAAAAUUGUUUAUAGUGUUUGUGAUCACCAAACAAAAGCCAAAUAAAACUUGAUUAUGAAAGGA